AUGGAUAAGCUGAAAUAUAAAAAAUAUUACAUACCGCUCUUUGGUCGGGAAGGAUUCACACUACUGCCUAACCUCCUGAGACCGAAAAGUCGGGGUUCGGUCACACUUCGGUCAAGAAACCCGGCGGACUUGCCUGUCAUUGAUCCAAAUUACUUGAGUCACCCUGAUGAUCUUGCUACGUUGGUGGCGGGUAUUAAAAUUGCACUAAAGUUGGGCAACGGAACGGCCUUCAUCGAGAAUUUUGGUGCCGAAUUCCACGACAAGCCAGUCCCAGGGUGCAAAUUGAGACCAUACGGCUCCGACGACUACUGGGCCUGCUAUGUAAGUCACAUGGCAUCCUCCUUCUGGCACCCGGCUGGCACCUGCAAAAUGGGACCUGUCUCCGACCCGAACGCCGUGGUAGAUCACAAACUCAGGGUGCGCGGCGUGUCUGGGCUGCGGGUCGUGGAUGCCUCUAUCAUGCCCCUAAUCACAUCCGGUCCCAUCCUGGCGCCGGUUAUCAUGAUCGCCGAAAAAGCAGCAGACGAUGUCAAGAAGGAAUGGGGGAUCGAUGUAUGA